AUGGCUUUCCUGUGGUUGCUGUCCUGCUUUGCCGUCCUUGGCGCUGCUUAUGGCUGUGGAACUCCCGCCAUCCCCCCGGUGGUGAGCGGCUAUGCCCGCAUCGUGAGCGGUGAGGAGGCCGUGCCCCAUUCCUGGCCCUGGCAGGUGUCUCUGCAGGACUACACUGGUUUCCACUUCUGUGGAGGAUCACUCAUCAGUGAGUACUGGGUGGUGACAGCUGCCCACUGUGGUGUCCGGACCAGCCAUCGCGUCAUUGUUGGGGAGCAUGACAAGAAGAGCACCAUUGAAAAUAUUCAGACCAUGAGGGUGGCACAGGUCUUCACUCACCCCGAGUGGAACCCUAGCACCAUCAACAAUGACAUUACCCUGAUCAAGCUGACCGCCCCGGUCACCAUGAACCUCUAUGUGUCGCCUGUGUGCAUGGCUGCCUCCUCCGAUGUGUACAGCCCGGGCAUGCAGUGUGUCACCUCUGGCUGGGGCCUGACCCGUCACAACGCUAUGUUCACUCCCAACAAACUCCAGCAGACUGCCCUGCCCCUGCUGUCCAAUGAGGAGUGCAUGGCCUUCUGGGGGGAAAACAUCUCUGAUGUGAUGAUCUGCGCUGGAGGUGACGGUGCUACCUCUUGCAUGGGUGAUUCUGGAGGCCCCCUGGUGUGUGAGAAGGAUGGUGCCUGGAACCUGGUGGGCAUCGUGUCGUGGGGCAGCAGCCGCUGCUCGACCACCAUCCCCGCUGUCUACGCCCGCGUCACGGCCCUGCGCGCCUGGGCUGACCAGAUCCUCGCGGCCAACUGA